AUGGCUAUCUUCCUAUUCAAGUAUAUCCGGGGAAAGCUCCGAGAACGCGAAGCACAAAAGGCUGUUCCUACCACAGAUGAUUCACACUUGGUGCCUGAGUGCGCGUCAGCGCUUGAAGUUCGAGAUGGCGUGAACAAUCACAACCACAGAACCUCUCAAGAUUCAACAGGAAGCCAUAUCAACUUCAUAACUCCAGAAGAGACAGCACAGCAAAAAUCUCAAGAUCGCAAAAACAAGAUUCGACGAUGGAAGUUGCUGUUAGGGCUUGUGUUACCUAACUUCCUAGCCGCUAUGGACGUCACCAUUGUCGCUCCAGCCAUUCCGCUCAUCUCAUCCCAUUUCGACAAGCUCUCCGGAAGCUUCAAUUGGAUCGUAGCAGCCUACACCUUGACAUUCACUACAUUCAUCCCGAUGUCUGGGCAAUUAGCAGACAUCUACGGUCGACACUUUGCUCUGCAAUUCGAAAUGUUCUGGAUCAUGAUAGGCAGUGUACUCUGUGCCUCUGCUCAAUCCUGGGGCAUGCUGCUUGUAGGGAGGGCAUUGCAAGGGUUAGGUGCUGCGGGUAUCAUGAACUUGAGCCGGAUUAUAUUGUCGGAUGGUACGACGCUGGCUGAGAAUUCAAGUGGUAAUUCCAUAUUAUCGUUGAUCAGUGGGUGCAGCUACGCGGUAGGACCGGUCAUAGGAGGCCACCUCGCAGACGCAGGCUGGCGCUACAUUUUCGUCCUCCCCAUCGGUGUCGCCGUCCUCGCCAUGGUCCUCAUCGCCGUGCUCAUGCGCAAAGAACUCGUUCACGGCCGCGCAACAACUCAACCUUCAACCUCACAUCACAGAACCUACAUAUCCGGCCUCGCAAUCAUCGACUGGCCAGGCCUCACAACAUUCAUCCUCGGCGUCGGCUGCAUCAUCCUCGCGACGCAAUGGGGCGGAACCCAAUACGCGUGGUCCUCUCCCGCCGUCAUCCUGCCCCUCAUCAUCGGCACCAUCCUAAGCAUCCUCUUCUUCACCCACGAGUACCUCCUCGCCCCCAACCGCGCCAUGUCGCGCUUUUUCCCCCACCAAAUCCCCAUGAUACCCUCUACCCUGUUCCGCAAAAAGGACACCUCGCUCCUCAUGAUCAUCAAUUUCUCCGCGGGAAUCAGCAUGGUUUGCGCGUUUUACUUUAUUUCGUAUUACUGGCAGCUUGCAGAGGGGUACUCGCCUAGUCAGGCUGGCGUGCAGUUGCUAUACUAUACACCCGGUCUGGGCGUGGGUGUCUACUCUGCUGCUCUGAUGUGCAAUGUAUGGCCAGGCCAGACAUUCUUCCCUCUGUUCAUCGGGUCUAUAGUUGAGGCCGUGGGACUCGCGCUGCUUACGUACUCCGUGUCCAUCAGGCAUACAACAAUGGUCAGUGUGUUUCUCGCUGUAUCUGGCGCGGGCACAGGAUUGCGCUUUAUGCCUGUGGCGUUGCAUGCGGCGGGGGUAUGGUCGACUCGCGUAUCUAGUAUGCAGUCACUGCUUUCUUUUAUGCUGCCGUUGGGCGAGACGGUGGGUAUAUCAAUGAUGGGAAGUGUGUUUUCUAACAAGCUUUCUACUUUUCUGGCUCAGAUUGCCCGGCACACAGAUGGUGCCGCGCUGGGUGGCUCUGGGAUUCCGAGUUUGGAACUGCUGGAUAGUCUUCCGACAGUGGUCAAGAAAGAGGUGCAGGAUGCGGCGGCCAAGGCAGUCAUGUGGGCGCUGAUUUCCGUGCUGCCGUUUAUGGGAUUGGCGGUUGUGGCGGCAGUUUUUAUGGGGAAUGUGUGGAUUGGAAAGGCGGAGAAAGAGGCAAAGGAUGGGAAGAUGGGACGAAAGGCGGAGAAAGGAAAGGUCAUGUAUGGAAUUUAUCUGCUCGCCUUGUGUAUGGGGAGUGUGGACAAGCAGAAAAGAAAUCUGGAUGUUGAUAUGGAGCAUGAAGAGGUAUUGGCAGAGCAAAAGUAG